AUGUCACUUUCAGCCAUACCUCUACAACCCCUCGUGUCGACGGCACGUGCGGACACAAAUGACCACUCCUCCAACGCCGGUCCAGCCCUCCGAAGUCAUGAUUCCGCUACAGUACACCCCGAGGAAAAGCAUCGCUCAAGCAUGGAGAUAAGCGAUCGCGAUAUGCGCCCCUCCAUGCGGCGGGGUCCCAGGGGACGGACGCCAGUCGCAGAAAAGCAACAACCGUUCGAUCUGAGCUUCUUAACGGCCAAACACCCGCUCUUCCCACCUAUGCCUUCCUACGGACCCCCUUCUCCCAUUCGCCGGAUACAGGGCUGCAUCCUCAUGCUUGUCUCGUUCUUCCUGUCCCUGUGCUUCCUGACGUCUAUAUUUGUCGGGGCCCUUGUGCGCACUGCCGCAGUCGCGAUCGCGGACACUCGACUACGAAUGACCGGCCACGACCCAGAUACUCGGAGAUCAUUCUUUGAAGAAGAACGCACUCGAAGGAAAGCACGGGCCGAGUCUGACCGCAGGUGGGAUCUCCGUCAGCACAAGAGGGACACCGAGGAGGAGCAGUUUCUUGAGGAAGGACAUUCAUUAGAGGGGGGCAAAGACCCUAUUAUCUGUGAUGUUUCAUACUAUGCUCGCCGCGUUGGUCUCGAUGUUGAGACGUUUCGCGUGCAGACAGAGGAUGGGUUUAUCAUUACUCUAUGGCAUGUUUACGACCCUCAGGAGUAUACGGCGUUAUCGUCUGAGGAAAGACGUGAACGUGGACCCCGGGUUUUCACAAAGCCGAAAUUGUUGCACUCUUCUGGAGCACAGUCCCAACGGCGGUACCCCGUUCUUCUGGUCCAUGGACUGUUGCAAAGCGCUGGCGCAUUUUGCACCAACGACGAAGAUAGUCUGGCAUUCUACCUUUGCAAGUCCGGGUAUGAUGUGUGGUUAGGCAAUAAUCGCUGUGGGUCACAUCCUGAGCAUACAACACUCUCGCCAGAUGAUCCUCGUAUGUGGUCUUGGGAUAUCCGGCACCUCGGAACACUGGACCUUGCGGCCCUUACCUCCCGAGUUCUGUACGAGACCGGGUUCAACAAGCUAGGUCUGGUUUGCCAUUCGCAAGGCACCACUCAGACCUUUGUGGCUCUGGCUAAAGAGCAGCGCCCCGAACUGGGCCAGCGUAUCUCCGUUUUCUGUGCACUGGCACCUGCUGUGUAUGCUGGGCCCCUGGUUCACCGACCAUACUUUCGUUUCAUGAGCCUUCUCUCCCCAGCAAUGUUCCGCCUUGUCUUCGGCAUCCACUCUUUCAUCCCUUUCAUGAUGACCGCCCGUCGUCUGCUUCCACCCCGGAUAUAUGGCACUCUAGCAUACUGGGUGUUCUCAUACCUAUUUGACUGGUCUGAUACGCGCUGGGAGCGUGAUCUGCGGCACCGCAUGUUCCAAUUCGCCCCAGUAUACGUGAGCGCUGAGUCCAUGCGUUGGUGGCUCGGUAGCGAUAGUUUCGCCAAACACAAAUGUAUUCUCGCUACGGAGGACGAGUUGCGACGUGAGGCUACUUCAACUGACAGUCUACCCGAUGAGACUGUUGUUGAGUACGGUGAUGAUCCCCGUGACGCCUUUUUGGGAAACCCGGCCCCGAGCCCGUGGUAUGGCCCAGGAACGCCCCCAUUUGCAUUUUGGAUUGGCGGUUCCGAUGCGCUUGUCGAUGGUCGCCGACUGAUGGAUCGCUUCAACAGCGGCCGGGAGCCCAAUGCGCGUCUUGUCCAUUCGAAAAUCAUUGAAGAGUAUGAGCACCUUGAUGUGCUUUGGGCCAUGGAUGCUAUCGACCAAGUCGGCCAAGAGGUUAAAGACGUCAUCUGGAAGACCAUGCCCGCCGAUGCCCGUAAUGUCUGCCGAGUUCCUCGGGGCGUAGAUGAGGACUUUGACCAGGCAUUACUGUAA